UAUUGUCAGAGGAGUUUAACAAAAUUACGCAACUGCCACUGAAGCUGUCAUUCUUUGCCGAGACGACAGAUUGCGCAUAUCUGCAGAUUGCCGUCCUUCUCACUCUCAGCGCAAUGUCUCAAGCCAAUGGCCAGCAGAAUCUAAAGAAUAAUGGAGAGAGUCUGGAGAAUAAGAUCAAGCAGCAUGAAGAAAACCUUAGAUUUCUAACUUCUCAAGCAAAUCGCAUAGAUGAAUCUAUACUUGACUUACAGGUGAGUCUUGGAAGGUAUCAUUCGACUCAUGUAACUGGGAUAGAAAAUGGAAAUGGUGCUUUGGAAGCUGAAGAGGAAACCAUACAACAGAUAUUGAAGAAAGAGAACACUGCUGCUGGCAUACUUUGCUGGUUGAAAUCUAAUACUUUGUCUUGGGCAUCAAAUGCGGUAUUUACCAAGGAUGUUGUGGGAGUUGUCGCAUCUCUUGCCAGGGUUGCCAGUGCUGAACUUAGCCAGGUUCUUUCUGAGCAUCUGGGACUAGAGACUAUGCUAGCAAUUGUUUGCAAGACUCAUGAAGGCAUUAAUGCACUUGAGAAGUAUGAUGCAGAAGGCACUGUAAACUCUUCCAGAGGUUUGCAUGGACUUGGAUCUUCAAUUGGAAAAAGAGUACAUGGCCGUUAUGUUGUUAUUUGUCUUGAAGAUUUAAGUGAACGUGAUCCAUUGGAUUCUGAGAAUCUAUCAUAUCUUACUGCUGAUGGGCUCGGCCUUCGGGAAACACUCUUCUUUGCCCUAUUUUCACGCCUCCAAAUAUACGGAACCAGGGGAGAGAUGCUAGGUGCUCUCCCAUGUAUUGUUGAUGGAGCUUUGUCAUUGGAUGGUGGGAUGAUUAAGAAAUGUGGCAUCUUUUCUCUUGGUAGUAGGAAAGAAGUAGAAGUGAAAUUUCCUGUGACCUCUGGAGAAUCUGAUCUACCUGCUAGCUAUAUUCAAGCCGAGGACAUGGCAAGGAUGUUGAAGUGGGAAAGCUCUAAAAUUGCUGCUGAUAUUAUAAGGGAACAACAAUUAUUGGAUUACACAAACGCCAACCUCACCAACGAUGUCUGAAAAUCUAUUUUCUUUUAUUUUAUUAACUUAUAGUUUUAGGGGACUUUGAAGGCAUUGCUCAAGCAAGAGGGAUGGCUUCAGGAAAGGUAUGCCCAGUUAGACAUGUAAAGUUUCUUAGUCUAGUUAAACUAUGAUAUGUGAAUCUUAUUUUUCAAGGAAUCAAUCAUAUAAUGAUUAAUGAUUAGUUGUAAGAGAAUAUCUACUAGUCAUGCGUUAUUGUAGAAUCUGAUAGCAAAUAUCUUAGAAACUGUUUAGUGUGUUGAGAGUUCAGUUUAGGAACUGGAGUCAGGAAAAAGCUUAGCGUCAUUGUUUUUAAACUUUUCUUUUUGAAUGAUGGAAGCCCUCUUGGAUAAUGAGUAUUCCCUUUUCUGUUUGA